AUAAAGUCAUGUUGACCAGUGACCAGCACGUCUACAGAACGUUUGGAUAUUUGGAGCGGGUUUAAAAUUGAUUCGGUGGUAGUAACUUAUUUACACCUGGAUGGAACUCUGGCGAUGCGCUUGGAUUUUAGGAUAACUGGCGCCACAAUUUACAAUUGAGAAGCAGCAAUACUGCACUGGAGAAAGCAACAAGGUAGCAAACACAAACACAGUCAUCCAAGGUACUGUAGCCCUCAAUCUAGGAGAUAUGAGGGAACUUUGUAUCUGGAUUCUGAGAGUUUCCAUGCUUCUGCUGCUGCUCAGGCCAAAUCCCCUGGAUUGCCAACUCACUACAGACCACAGGAAGGUUCCUCAAAGGGCAGAGCCCCAGCAGCAGGAGGCUGGAGGAGUGCAGGGUGGGGGCCCAGGCUCCUGGGGCUCCUGGGGUCCUUGGUCCUCCUGCUCCCGCUCCUGUGGGGGAGGGGUUCAGGAACAGAACCGACCCUGCCUACCCUCCUACAACCCUUCCAUGGCUUCAGCUGCCUACCCCUCCAGGCCAGGUGGCCACCACCCCAACCAGAACCCAGGCCAUGUAAUGUCUGCCCUAAGACCCACUGUCCCACUGCACCGCACCAAUCCUGGGAGACCCCCACCGUCCAACAGCAACACCAGCUUGGCCAGCCGAGGAGAGCUGAGGGACCAGCAGAGAGACAGAGAGGCUCAUGCUGGACACAGGACGGGCAGUGACAGUCCCAUCAUUCCAGGGAAGUAUGGCUAUGGGAGGAUGCCUUAUGUUGUGUCUCUCCAGACAGACAAAGGCCAGACGUCUGGAAUAGAGACAGGGGCUGGCCGCUCCCACAGACAGAGACGCUCCCCGUUCUCUGACCCCAGCCCAUCAGCCACCAGGCACGGAGGCCACAGGCCAAACCCCUACCGUCCGCCCUACAACAACCCCCAUCUCCACAGCUACAGCCAAGUCUAUCACCAGCCCCCAGCCCCCCAACCCAGGUCUAACCCUAACCCAGCCUCCCCUCCCAGGGCUAACCCUAACCCAGCCUCCCAGCCCAGCCAGGGGCACCAACCUAGGCAGGAGCAGCAGCACUCAUCCAGCCAGGCCUCAGCGGAUCAUCAACCCUUUGGACUGCCCUACAACCCCCUGCCCACCUCCUGUGUGGGAGAGCACAACCAGUACAAGAUUUGCAACACCGAUGCCUGUCCUCCAGCCAGCAGACACAUCAGAGCGGUGCAGUGUUCUUCCUACAACAGCUAUCCCUUCAUGGGUCGACUGUACGAGUGGGAGCCUUUCAAUGAAGUUUCAGGGGACCAGCGUUGUGAGCUCAACUGUCGUGCGAUCGGUUUCCGCUUCUAUGUGCGUCAGUCGGAUAGGGUCAUCGAUGGGACGCCGUGCGGCCAGAACGAGACUUCCAUCUGUGUGGCAGGGAGGUGUCAGAAAGCAGACCUGUCCUGCACUGUGUGCUGA